AUGAUAGUUGGUGAUGUGGACACCAAGGAACUUGAAACUCUCGACCUGCUCCACUACAGCCCCGUCGAUGUUAAUUUCCAGACAUUUAUGACCCAGAUCAACAGCUCUCUGGCGGACUCCAACAUGCUGGUGCGCUGUAUCAUCCUGUCCCUGGAUCGCUUUGUGAGCGUUGUGGAGGUGCUGUCAGAGUGCAGUCUGCUGUCCUACAUGGCCCGCGUGGAGAACAGACAGGCCUUCCUCUUCAGACUCGUCAACGUCAUCAAUGUGCAGAUACUCACCCAGGAGAAUGUGAGCUGUCUGAACACCAGCCUGGUGGUGUUGAUGCUGGCCAGGAGGCGGGACAAACUGGCCUUCUGUCUCAACGCCCUGAGGGAGGAGGAGUACGCUGAGAAAUACCCCGGCUGCCUGCUCAACAACUUACACAACCUGCUGCGCUUCUGGCAGCGCCACUACCUCAACCAGGACAAGGACAGCACCUGUCUGGAGAACAGUUCCUGUAUAUCAUUUACCUACUGGAAGGAGACUGUGUCAGUUCUGUUGGACUCAGACCCGACUUCCCUAUGUGCCAUAGCCAGCUACAUCGAGGCCUACAUGGAUCUGGGCAGAGACUUUCUGGAAGUUUAA